AUGGAGAUCGAUUUAGCGCCGAUUAAUCGGUGCUCCAAGGAGCACCAGAAGAUUUACCAAGAAUGGUUUUCCUUUGCUGAUUCAGAUGGAGAUGGGCGUCUCACAGGAAAUGACGCUACGAAGUUCUUUAAUAUGUCUAAUUUGCCUCGUGAAGAUUUAAAGCAGGUGUGGGCAAUUGCAGAUUCCAAAAGGGAAGGCUUUCUUGGAUAUAAAGAAUUUAUUACUGCAAUGCAGCUAAUCUCUUUGGCACAAGCUGGACAUACUCUCACCAGUGACAUUAUAAAUGUUGGAGGUGACUUUGAAAACUUGCAACCUCCAGCCAUGGAAAGCCUUGAUGCACGCUUAGCAAAGAAGCGUAAAUCUAAAAAGGAAUCUGAUCAGAAUGGUAGUCCUCAAUUACAAUCUUCAACAUCGGCUAAUUGGUUUACUUCUUCAAAAUCUGCAAAGAAGUUGAACUCUGUCACUUCGAUAAUGGAUGGCCUGAAAAAGUUGUAUGUUCAGAAACUGAAGCCCCUGGAAGUAACAUAUCAGUUUAAUGACUUUGUUUCUCCAUUAUUGGGAAAUAGUGACUUUGAUGCUAAGCCAAUGGUAAUGCUUUUGGGUCAGUACUCUACUGGGAAAACAACAUUCAUUAAACAUUUGCUGGGAAGUAGUUAUCCUGGAGCUCACAUUGGACCAGAGCCAACGACAGAUAGAUUUGUGGUUGUCAUGAAUGGACCUGAUGAAAGAAGUGUUCCUGGAAACACCAUUGCAGUUCAAGCAGACAUGCCAUUCAGUGGCCUGACAACUUUCGGAACUGUAUUUUUGUCAAAAUUUGAGUGUUCCCAGAUGCCCCAUCCAUUACUGGAGCAUAUUACGCUGGUUGAUACUCCAGGAGUUCUAUCUGGUGAAAAACAAAGAUCACAGAGGAGCUACGACUUUACUGGCGUAACAUCUUGGUUUGCCGCUAAGUGCGAUCUCAUCCUUCUUUUGUUUGAUCCUUACAAACUCGAUAUCAGUGAUGAAUUUAAGCGCGUCAUUUCAUCUCUCCGUGGUCAUGAUGAUAAGAUACGCGUGGUUUUGAACAAGGCUGACCAAGUUGAUACACAGCAACUUAUGCGGGUAUAUGGAGCAUUAAUGUGGUCCCUUGGGAAAGUGUUGAAUACUCCUGAAGUUAUGCGUGUUUAUAUUGGCUCAUUUAAUGAUAAGCCUCUAAAUGCUGCCACUGGUCCGAUGGGGCAAGAACUUUUCGAGAAAGAACAAGAUGACCUUCUUACUGAUUUGAAAAACAUACCAAAAAGGGCUUGUGAUCGUCGUAUAAAUGAAUUCGUAAAACGUGCUCGGGCUGCCAAGAUACAUGCUUGUAUUAUUAGUCAUUUGAAAAAGGAGAUGCCAGUAAUGAUGGGCAAAGCAAAGGCCCAACAGCGACUUAUCGAUAAUAUAGACAUUGAAUUUGCGAAGGUUCAACGGGAACAUCAUCUACCUGCUGGGGAUUUUCCAAACGUUGAACACUUUCGAGAGGUCUUGAAUCUCUACAACAUCGAUAAGUUUGAGAAGUUGAAACCUAAAAUGAUUCAAUCCACUGAUGACAUGCUUGGACAUGACAUCCCUAAACUUUUAAAGAAUUUCCGGAAUCCAUAUGAUUAG